AUGUCAGUCAAAGAGACGCCGUGGAAAACCACCACCGAAGAAGAAUCCGCCAACCCUCAACAGGUAUUCGAUGAGAAAAGCGGUUUCGACCCAGAAACCAGAAUCUACCAUUCACUUGUCAAACUUGGUGAACAGAAACAGAUCCCCAGAAGGCCAGACCUUGACACUGCCACAUUUGUGCUAUCACAAUUCCCAGAUCCACACAAAUCCGAAUCACAGAUUGCACUCAUCGACGCAGCCACUAAUCAGCAUGUCACCUAUGCACAGCUCCAUAGGUCAAUUCGUUCGCUCGCAUCAGGCUUGUACCAUGCUCUUGGGGUCCGACAAGGCGACGUGGUGUUUGUCUUGUCUCCGAACUCGCUUCUCUACCCAACCAUAUGCCUCGCCGUGUUCUCGGUUGGUGCAGUGCUGACCACAGCCAACCCACUUAACACCCAGGCAGAAAUCGCCAAGCAAGUUCGUGACUCAGGUGCUAAGUUGGCCAUUUCAGUGCCCGCAGAACUCCACAAAUUAGUCCCAACUGGGGUGCCCACAGUUCUAACAUCGGGAAAAUCCAGCAACGAUAAUUUGUUGUCCAUCGAAGAGUUGAUUGAAUGCUGUGAUGAUCCGCUAGAGUUGCCACAAAUCUCGCGGGCUCAGUCGGACACAGCAGCUAUAUUGUAUUCUUCGGGAACUACUGGGACAAGCAAAGGUGUGAUUCUAACACAUGCAAAUUUCAUUUCCCUCGUGACGUUGCUCCAAUGGUCAGUGGAAGUAACCUCAUCCGAAAAAGACGUGUUUUUGUGUUUCAUUCCCAUGUUUCACAUCUACGGGCUUGCGUUCUUCGCGCUAGGAUUGUUUUGUUCGGGAGUCACCACGGUGUUGAUGCAAAAGUUCGAGCUCCAAAUCAUGCUUGAUGCUAUUCAAGCACACAAGAUUAGUAACAUACCUGCGGUGCCGCCCGUGAUACUCGGGCUAGUAAAGUAUGCAAGAAAAGAAGGGAGUGACUUGUCGUGUUUGAGAAGGGUGGGCUCAGGGGCUGCACCGCUGAGCAAAGAAGUGGCCGAUAGAUUCAGAGAGAGGUUUCCAUGGGUGGAGCUAAGGCAGGGAUAUGGACUAACAGAAAGCACUGGAGCUGCAACUUUUUUUGCGUCGGGCAGAGAGGCUAAGGCUCGUUCGGGCUCCUCAGGAGUGUUGCUUCCAAGCUUUUGUGCUAAGGUGGUAGAUACUGAAACGGGAAAGGGAUUGCCACCUUACAGGGAAGGAGAGCUGUGGCUGAAGAGCCCUACUAUUAUGAAAGGAUAUUUGGGAAAUGUGGAAGCUACCACAGCAACAAUUGAUUCGGAUGGUUGGUUGAAAACCGGUGAUCUUUGUUAUUUUGAUGAGGACGGGUACGUUUACAUCGUGGAUCGUAUAAAGGAGCUCAUCAAGCAUAAUGGGUAUCAGGUGGCUCCUGCAGAACUAGAAGCUAUACUUUUGAGUCAUCCCACUAUUCUUGAUGCAGCCGUUAUUCCGCUUGAGGAUGAAGAAGCAGGACAGAUACCAAUGGCAUACGUGGUAAAAGCAGCUGGUUCUGAGCUCACUGAAGACCAAGUAAUUCAAUUCGUGUCCGAUCAGGUGGCCCCGUACAAGAAAGUAAGAAGAGUUGCUUUCACUAGUGCCAUUCCAAGGUCAGCUGCAGGCAAAAUAUUGCGGAAGGAACUCGUUUCACAAAGCAAACAGCAACUUAUCUCCAAGUUAUAACGGUUUUCUCCCCUUUUUCUACUUUGUUUUCCACCAGAGAGGAAAGAGGAGGUUCGAGAAAUAAAAUCGAUAAGCCACAAUGUUUCUGCAGUGCAUAAACUAAUAACGAGAGAGUACGAGGAUAUAUCAAAUUUUCUCAGAACAAAUGUGAGCAGAAGAUAGGCCUUUUGGAGGUCAAUCUGUUACACGACGGGCUGAGGGCAGGGAAGUGAAGAGGAGAUUCGCAGCUGGAGGGGCCGUAUGAAGAAGUGUGAGGAAUUGGGGAAGAAGAGAUCAACCGAACCCUAGAUGCUCAAGUGUGAUUUUGGGCUUCAUGGGCCAGACGGAAGGAAUGGUCUCGGGCUUCAGUUUUACAAGAGACGUGGGCUGGAAGCUUCACCUGCUGGGCGCAUUGUUAUUUGCUUUUUCUAUCUGAUGUAUUAAGUUAUAGCCCAUGAUCUGUUAAAGGGCAGUUUAGUAUUUUCAUGCAUUCAGUACUAUUUAGGUCUGUCACUCUCACAGAGUUAGUUUAUGCAAAUAAUACAGAAUAUUCUGUUCUCUCUGAAUUUGGAGGAGCCUCCCUCGAAGCAGGCCUCACUUUCAUCUCUAUCAAUAUACAGAUUCUCAUUUUCAGUAUCAA